GAAGCUAUGCGCACACCUCUAGCCAGUAAUGCGGCAUUACUACAGCGGUGUCGACCUCUAGGCCAUAGCAUUGCUCUCGUGUUGAGUUAACGUUAAUAUCGGAUCAAAUAAAACACAUUUUCACUGAUUUUGCAUUGAAUUGAUUGAAUUGAGGACUCAUUUGACGGCUAAUACAUGACAUCCGAAGUGAAGAAAGUGGAGUCGGUCUCGACUACUGAGGCGAGGGCUGAGGCGAGCGGUGACUCCAAUGAAGUGAUACCCAAACACCCGCUUCAGAAUCAGUGGCAGUUGUGGUACUUCAGGCCCGGAGCGCGUGGCUCUGCCUGGGAGGACAACCUCCUCGACGUGACUCACUUCGACACCGUCGAGGACUUCUGGGCUCUGUAUAAUCACAUUGAAUUGGCGUCACAUCUGAACGCUGGAAGCGAUUACUCGGUGUUCAAGUAUGGGAUCCGUCCGAUGUGGGAGGACGAGAAGAAUAAGGCCGGCGGCCGAUGGCUCUUCACUUUCAAUAAGAAGGCCACCAGUGGUCGACAGAUCGACGAGACGUGGCUCGAAGUGUUGUUGUGUUUGAUUGGCGAAGCGUUUGGUGAGGAUAGCGACCAGAUAUGCGGCGCUGUAAUCAAUAUUAGGGCUAAAAUGGAUAAGAUUUCCGUUUGGACUAACGAUUUCAAAAGAGUCCAAUCUAUCACUAAUAUUGGGAAAAUACUUAAACAACGGACCGGCUAUACGCCCGGCAUUACAUACGAGGCUCACAGCGAUACCAUCGUUAAGACUGGGUCUAUGGCUAAGCAUUUACUCCAAUUAUAAGUUUAAAUGCAUCGUUAAUUGGGAUCUUUUUUACAUUAUAUCAGAUUAUUUUAGGUCUUAAAUAAUAUUUAUAUUUGAAUGAUAUGAACACAGAAUUGAAAUGAAUAUAAAUUUACGAAUAUUCUCACCCUUUCUAUAAAACUAUCGUAAUUUGCAUUGUUUUUCCAUUUAAACAUUUAAUUUAAUUAAUAUAAUACUGUAUCCGAUAUAUUAUACCAUAAACUGUUCUGUCAAUUGCUUU